AUGUUGCCCAGCAGAGGAACCCUUCGCUCCCUCUCCGCUGGGAGGGCUGCCCUACAAAGCCAAUUGGUGAAAGCUCCCGUCCGAGAUUUCCCGCCUCAGGGACAGACCGCUAGGGCAUACGGACAUGGGCGACGAUUUGGAACCUCGUCGCGGGGAAUCUCUGCUUCCACUUUCGGGAAGAGCCUAGCAGGAACUAAGCUGCCAGGAGUAUCGGGCUCUGCCAACGCCCUAUUCAUCGGCACUGCGCUGUCUUCAAGGCGAGGCUUCUCCCUAUGGACCCGUUCUCCCAAGUCCGAACCGGCAACACCAGAACCCUCCGCGUCGACAGCCCCCGUAACGCCCCAAACGCCCGAUACCAACGCCUCCGCCUCUGCCUCCGCCUCCGUAUCCUCCUCCCCAUCCUCCUCCCCCUCUCCGACGUCCAAUCCCACCGCAGAGUCCACACCAGCGGCUCCCGUCGAGUCGACCACCCCCCCAUCUCCCGUCGAGACCCCAGAUCUGGACGUCCUAUCCAACACCUCCCUCCUCGACAUCCCCGAACGCAUCGGCUACCUAAAGGAGCUAGGCCUCGACUACGGCUGGGGCCCCACGUCCAUGAUGCAAUGGAUCCUCGAACACGUCCACAUUUACACCGGCCUCCCAUGGUGGGGCAGCAUCCUCACCACGUCGGUCCUGGUCCGCAUAGCCCUAUUCAAGCCCACCCUCACGGCGCAGCAGGCCACGGCCAAGCUGCAGGCCGUCAGCUCCACGCCGGAAUAUAAGGCCGCGAAGGACCGCAUGACGGCCGCCGCCGCCGCGGGCAACACGACCGAGAUGAUGGAGGCACGCCAGGUGGUCACCCUCCUCAACAAGCGCGGCGGGGUCAACGUUUUCGCCUCGCUCUGGAGCUUCCUGCAGAUUCCCGUCGGGUACGGCGCCUUCCGCAUCCUCAACGGCAUGGGCAAGCUCCCCGUCCCCGGGUUCGAGGACGGUGGUUUCCUCUGGUUCACUGACCUUGGCGUUUCGGACCCGUUCUUCAUUCUGCCGCUGGGCACAUCGUUGAUGAUGCUUGCCACGCUUAGGGCCGGAAGCAAAUUCGCCCCUCCCCAAACACAAGCCCAAAUGAAGCUAAUGGCCUUCAUCCUGGUCCCCAUGAGCGCCGUCCUGACGAGCUGGCUCCCCGCCGCCGUGCAAUGGUACUUCCUCACCACCACCACGCUCGGCUACGGCCAAAACGUCAUAUUCCAGAACCCCGCCUUCCGCCGCCUGGCCGGCCUCCCGCCACUCGUCCUGAACCGUGGCGCCGUCCACGGCAACCCGUUUGCGACCUCGGCCACGGCUAUCCCGACGACUGCCACGACUGCCACGACUGCCACGACGACGGCUGCCGCGGAGCCGCAGUCGAAGGAGGGCGGCAACGUCCUGAAGGAUGCGCUCGCCCAGGUGCGCCAGACGGUCCAUGCGGCCAAGGGCCGGUCGGGCAACUAUAUCGAGGAGGCCAAGAAGGAGCAGGAGAAGAAGAACUUGGAGUCGUGGAACGAGAAGCGGGCCGAGGAGCAGAGGAGGAAGUUUAAGGCUGAGCUCAACCGGAAGCGGUAG